AUGGUUCGCUGUUUCACCGUAGACAGGGCUCCAGGCUAUGUGGUCUACUGGGCGACGCUCACCUUCAUCUUCUGCGUGGUCGGUCUCCUUGGCACAGUUCUGCUGGUACCCUACAGCUCCGGCGGUAUUGGUGCCUGGAUCUGGCGUAUCGUUGGUGCGACUCUGUGGCUGCUGUUAAUCUGCUGCUGCAUGGGUGUUAUUGGCAUGCAUCGCCAGUUCCCGGCCCAACGAGCAAAGCUCUAUAGGGUAAGUCAACGGACAGGGACAUCUGGCAGUCUCAACUACUGGUAUACGUUCAGCAGCCUGAUGCUUAGUUGCCUGCAGGUUAUUAUACUAAUAUUUUAG